UGCCAUCAGCGAGAGGAGGGCAACAUGUCAGAACGAUGCCAUCCUCCUGGCUGUGUCUGUUAAAUGCGCGCCUUCAAAGGAAACUCACUAGAGGAGGAGGAAUCCUCUUAAUGCUUUAGUAAGCAGACACCACAGUGGCGUCUCUGCUAGAAAGACUUCUCCAAGAGUAUUUCUCUGGAGUAUCAUCAUGGAUUCGGGAGUAUGUGUUAUGGAGCUUCUUGGUGUAUUCUUCUCUCUAAGCGCCUGGCUCUUCUCAUUGACCACCACUCUGAUGUCGCAGUGGCUCACGCUGUCCACUGAUCUCCUUCCUGCUGAGAGCUAUGAACUGGGAUUAUGGGGGACGUGUGUGGUGCAGGAGCUGGGCGUUCUGGAGUGCCGGCCUUACGACAGCCUCCUCGGACUCCCUCCAGACAUCCGCUUGGCUCGGAUCCUUAUGUGUGCCACCUUGGCAACCAGUUUAUUGGGAAUAUCUUUUGCAAUCCCAGGUAUCUAUCUGGUCAACAGCUGUAAAGGUGCCGAGACCCUCAGAGAGAAGCGGACGCUGAAGAUGAUGGGGGGAUUGCUGUGCUUCGCUGCAGGAAUUAUGGGCCUGGUUCCUGUGUCCUACAUAGCCCACCUGACCGUUCUGAGAUUCUUCGAUGAGUCCAUUCCUGAUGUGGUUCCACGCUGGGAAUUCGGUCAGGCGCUGUUCUUGGGCUGGAUUGCAGCGCUUCUGCACUUUGUCGCUGGAUCAUUGCUUAUUACCUCCUGCAUCUGCAGGCAAGAUAUCCCGUGUCCACUGCCAGAGUCUGUACCACUGCAAGGAGGACAUGCCAAUCCUGAACUUUCUCCAGGACGGAGGACAGAAUAUGUGUGAUAUGUGUUAGAAGAUGAUUCUUUUAAAUGUUUUUUUUUUUCUCCAGUAACCACAUACCACUACACCACAGAGAUAGUAUUUUGGUGAGACAGAACUGCACUGGACAUGAUGUGCAAAAUUACAGGAUGCUGCUCUUUCAUCGCGGUAAUUCCAUUUAUAUAUUUCAGUGUUGAAAUUUCAUAUAUAGUGCACACAGAAGACUGUAACAAAUCAGUUCAAGCAAUAUAAAGUGUUUAAAGCAUAGUAUUCAUGAGAUUUUUAUUAAUUGGAAAUAAACUGCUUGGAUAAUAUAGGUUAUGGCACACAGCAAGACAGUGUUGGUAUAAAUGUAUAAAGGGGUAGACACAACAAAAAAAAGGCAAGUGAAAGCUCUAUUGUGUUGCCUAGUGCCAUGGAUUAGUUACCCAAAAACUGGUUAAAAAGUAUACUAUAUGAUAAUACAGCUAGUUUUCUAGUUCAGUGGCUUAACAGAGACUAAAGGAAACUAAAAUAGCACAUUGUGUUUACGCAAUCAACACAGAGUCAGUGUUUCAGCUAUGAGCUUCGGUGUUCUUUCCUUGCAUUGCACCUAAAACGUAUUAUUUCAGCAUCUUUAUUUUUCGUCUGCGUGUUUAAUUGUAUUGGAACUGUGUGGUUGUGGUUGCGGGGGCGAGUUAUAUGAACUUAUAUCGAACUUUAUUUUGCUCGGUCUCAGCAGCAUCAGCGCACAUACCUGUAUUUUCCUUUAAAAUAGGGUACAGUUAGAGUACAUGUUAUCGUUAUAGUACACGCACAGUAUGCUCUAUUUCUACCUGAAUGUCCGUAAUUCACCAUUAAUCCCCAAAGUAUAUAAUCAAUUCUAUUUUGAAGCAUAAACUUUCUGAGAAAGUUUGGUUUUCACACUGCUACUGUAACAUGUGCAUAUCAGUAAUUAAUAAGACAAUUUGAUAUACAGUAUGAGAUCCAAAGACUUUUGGAUGCGAUGACAUUUUGAAGUUUGCACAACAUUUUUUUUAAUACAUUGAUAAUCUUAUUAUCAUAUAGUCAUGCCAAAACCUGAUAACGAAAUGUGGGGAACGCUAAUAUGCCAAAAAAAAAUGAGUGUACCAUCUUCACAAGGACAAAUUGAUAGCAAUAGAUCAUUUAGAGUAAAGGACACUAUCAUGGUUAAUGAUUUAAAUCCAUUCUUCGAAGAAAAUGAUGUGUUUUUCUGUUUUAACAAUUUCUGUUAUCGAUUUUCCCUUGGAAUUGUACAUAUCGCAAAGUUUGUUGUGAUUUUUUUGAGGUGUGGUCUUUAUUUGGAUGGGUUUUUUUUUAUUCAUUUGAAUU